AUGGUAAGAAUCAAGAUGAGGGCCACCGGCGGACCAUUCAUGUGGAAGAAAUUAGGGUUACCCAGACCCCCCAGCCCCUCUGACAGUGACGAUGAAGCGUGGGACACACCACCAACAACCACCACCAACACUGAGACACCACCGGCCACAAGUACAGAAACAGGACGCACCGACUCACCGGCUGUCCAGAUAUAUCGCCGGCAAACGAAACGGCAAAGAACGCGGCCAUCCACAAUAGCCCCGACGGCAGACCCUGAGGGCAAAAAGUUACCCGAAGCUACCACUCCCACCGGCCACAGCCAGAAACGGCCAAGAACUCAGUCGCCACCGAGGUCAGAGCCAGAGUCGGAACCUACCAUCGCCAAAGAAACUGAUGCGCCCACGGAUCUGCCAUGUGAUGUGCCCACCGAUUCUGUAACAGCCCGGACGUGA